GCCACAGGUUUUCCCAGAUUUGUGGAUACAGGCCGGAUGCAGCAAACGUUCAUUGCGUGGCCAGCUAGUCAUAAUAUUCGACUUAAGUGCAAGGCUAAUGGCUCAAAGCCGUUAAGAUACCAAUGGCUAAAAGACGGUCUUCCUUCAAUACAAAGACGUUUACAACCAAGGCUCAAGACAAACAUGUGGUACUUAAAGCUCAAAGACUUGGUGACUGUUGAUUCCGGAAGAUACACUUGCGUUGUGUCAAAUCCCUUUGGAUCCAUAAAUCACACUUAUACGCUACGAGUUGUAGGUAUGAUUUCCAGUAGUAACUCGGCAAAAGUACGUUAUUAAUUCGUAUCGCAGCAAUUCAGUUAAAUCAGUUGGCCUCAAAAGCGUUUGUCGUACCUUGCAUUGUCAGAGGAAAAUUUAAAGCAAAAAGAUUACCUGACAGACUCUUCGACACACUGAGUUUGACGACCUGUAGUAGUUCUCCUCGAUAAAAUUGUAGAUUUCAGUAUCGAUGGAUUACACAAGUCUAACAAUUUCUCUCAAAUGACACAUUUAACAGUGGUUUUCUGCUCGAUAAAAUUAAAUUUAUGGGCAUUUAAAUGGUAAAUGAUACUCUACAACUCUAUAGGGCGGAACCCGUUUGGGUAAGCACUUACCGUAUGACUCUUUAUUAGUGCUGGAGUUUAAUUAGGCGGAUGGGCGAUUUUUCUUAUUUAUCAGCUCGUUGCGGUGACUUGAGUGCGGUUUUUCCUACUGGAAAUUAAGUUUCGCGAUUUUUGGAAACUGCAUUGCAUUCCAAACUUCAUGCGUUUAUCUGGGUCAAAGUACAGACAAACAACAUCCGAAAAUGCCGUGGUCAUUGUAAUUACAGUCGAAUGUAAACGGAGUCGCUUUCUGUAUCACAAUAAACACAUACCAUCGUUGUGGUUGUAUUAUAGCGGAAUUUUUUCGUGCGGUACUGUAAUUUUCUUCUGCGGAUCGUAUUGAAGGGUAUCGUAGGGGCACCCAACAUCAAUUUUUGGAAAAUGUCUGUUCGCAAGACGAUUUGAGAUCUAGAAUUUUCGGAACAUUUGUUGUAAAAUUUCUUGCUUGCUUGCCUCUCCCAGGAUUUUCGAAUAUCUAAACAAUGGUAUAAUUGCCCAUUUUUAACGGAUUUUCACUCUAAAUUUUCGGAAGAGUUUUUCUGCCUGAAAUUUUCGAAAAGUUAAGUUUUGAUCCCCACAAUUUUCUGAUCACUAGACUUUCAGCUAGGAAAUCCGAACAGAUGAAAAAAUUUUAGGGGAUAGAAAUAUGUCUAUAUCUACCGUUAAAAUACUAAAAUACGUUCAACAAUGCUAUGUUUAAGUGGUUUUAAACUUUAUUCUCGUUGGGUGUCCCUUGUAUUGGUGAAAAUGACUCAACAACGGCAAAGAAAACUCUUGUCUGCUUUAGUGUCUUUUGGGAAUGUGUACUGACGUUAAGAGAAAAUUGACACUAAACGAUAACUUAAAUUCCGUUGAUAAGAACCGGGGACAAAAAUCAGGCUUUACCGGGCUCCCGAAACGCAAUGUUGAUUACAAGACUUUGAGGAUCACGUCUAUCAUUCAUUUGUUUGGCACCCACAUUUUACUAUAUUUACUGUGUUACUGUAGAAUUCAUUUCAUAGAAAAAAAUUCGACAUUGAUUGCUAACUAAAGCGGGUUGUUAAGUCAACGUUCGCCACUUUCUUCCAAUUUUGUAUAUCCUUGAAAUUUGAUUUACUACGCCGGUCAAACCUGCCAUUCCAGACAAGUUACAUGAUUUGGCCUUUCCAGACCUUAUCAUUAUCAUCAUCAUCAGAUACUUUUUCCCACGUAGGGUAUAUAUUAGAGCAGGAAAGUAAUUUCCUGUAUCCGUAAUCUCUUUUAUCUUUUACAUUGUGGGGUGAUUGGCCCUACCCAAAACCCCCAACCAGGACGAACCGAGGCUGUCUGAUUAUAACCCUAGACCAAUCCGACUUGGUGGCCCACCAUGGGUAAAGACCCCCACCGACAUAGCUUUUGGAUUCACUAAGACACGCAAGCUUAACCACCACGACACGUUCGCAAGCCCAGGAUAAAGGCUCUAAUCCGUAAAGUACCUAACAUUAAAGCUCUUUCUUCUUUUACAGAAAAAUCUCGGACCAAGCCCAUUCUCAAGUGUGGAGCUCCGAAAAACACAAGCGUGCAGCUUGGACAAAACGCCUCAAUGACAUGCGUUGUAGUCAUCAGUGGAACGAUACCGGAUUUUCGAUGGGUGAAGUGGAAUUCAAUCUCCAACAAUUACCCCAAUUCACUUGAUUUUAUCAAUGGAUCUUACACUCUUAUCAAUCCUGUACAGUAUCAAACGGUCUAUGUACAAGGGAAGCAAGGGGUCCAAGUUAACAUACCGAACGUCACAGUCAGCGACUUGGGACUGUAUACGUGUUACGUUAGUAAUCAUCUUGGCUUUGACUACAGAAGCGCAUUCUUGUUCGAGAAAAAGAACGAAUGGAGCCCGUCAGAGGGUAAGAAUAGCAAAAGUACUCAUAGGCCUACGAGUUUUGUGAAUUUAAUUUCGUAGUAAUUUUAUAGGCUAUAGUUAUAGUAUUUAUCAUAUUCUUCUUCUUGUUUUAAAAAUUACUCAUGCCCAUCGCCUCCCCUAACUCACAAUACAACCUUAAACCCGACGAUGCACAAUUUUUCUUGACUUUCAAUAUUGUAGCUAGGAUGAGGGUAGGGGGGACUGCAAAACAUUUGUUAAAAAAAAAGGAAGCGCUGCUUUAAGAAGGCAUACUGAAAUUACAAGUAGUUUCGAAUAUUGCAUGACUGUCGACCAGUUGUUCCCCAGGGCUGCGCCAACAUCAAAAGUCUUAAGCUAAUCCUAAGUUCUAAAAGUCACCUGGGGCCUUAUCUUUUUACUAAAGAACACUCCUGCCACUGUUUCCUGGAGUGUGUAUCCAGAGCACUUUCAUUCAAGGCCCCCUUUUGUUCUUAAUCCUUUAAUUCGGUAACCAAAGCUGUGUCGGGAAAAUACUAAACCCCCUUCGUUAGCAAAGCGUAAAAAGAAACAAAAAAGAAAAGAAAAAUCAUGACUCAGUGUACCGUUAUUGGCAUUGUUACGUUCUAGAUCUCACUUCAUUUAAGCCAAUGCAUCUCUGAAUCUUUCUCCAAUGAUAUGUGCCCUGUUGUCUACUCCAUUAAUUGAUAUUUAUAAACACCCACCGAACUUCAAUCCAGGAGAAAACAAGAAAUUAAAAUAUCAUAGAACGUUUUUGUCGUUGCCUUGACUGGGCCUGAAUGCAACACCCGCCUCAAUGCUAUACUUUCGCUCUGACGAAAUGACUUUUAUCAGUCAUCUUUUCGGCUCAGUGUUGAGAGCAAACGCAUCUAAUCAAAUGUUUUACUUUUUUUCUACUGUGGAGAUUAUAAGUGGGUACCUGUAAAGUGAAAACGUACUUAUUUGGUUGAACAAUCAGUAGUUAAAAAUAAGUGCACUCAAGAAAUCGCAUUGAACAAAUCGCAGUAGUCUAUUUUAGGAAAUCAGUUCGCGACCAUUGGAUAGUUCGCGACCAUUGGAUAGUUCGCAGGCUAUUACUGCAGCGAAACUCUAAAAUACUCCCACGCAGUUGCAUUACAAAAAGAGGAUAAUUUGGACUUUCACAUACCGAAAACAGUGUGUGCUGUAGUAUUAUAUGUACCAUCUCAUGUCUUUGUCCAUAGACUACAGGUAUUCGGCCAUUUAUAGUAUGGUUAAGUGAGCGCGGAGUGGCUGCGUUUUAACUGAUUUUUCUGAUGUUAUUAUCAUAGGAAUUAAAGGGGGUGUGUCACGGCCGCGGUGAGAGAUUUUGGAAACGGUUCAUUGUUACAUGUCAUAUGGCCUCGAAGUAACCAAUGAGAACGCAUGAUAUCCGGAAUAAUCAAGGUCGAGGUAAGUGUUAUCAGCCGAGCCGAAGGCCGAAGCUGAUAGCACUUACCGAUAUUGUUAUUGAAAAUCAUGCAUUGCGCGCGCAAUCAACAGAUGCUAGCAGAUAACAAUCUAAUCUGUAGGUUGCGCUGAUUUCCAAACUUAGCUGCAGGCUCUUAGCCAUUGAGGAGACAGAUAGUGAGUACAAUGUAUAAUAACCAUAAUUAUUGUUGUUGUUUUAACAGAUCGGCCUUCUUACACGACAACAGACCCUGGAAAACGCUUCCUCGAUGGGGACGACGCAGCUGACACGAAAACAAUACCCUCCAAAGGUAAGCCAGCUGAAGAAAUGUUUGCCAUAAUGCAUGGAUUAUGACUUGAGAAUAUGACGUCACGAACUUUUUGUCCUGUUUUCUUGGUGACAAGGUCGCAGGAAAGUGGCAUUUUCAUAGCGGACGUGAAUUAAUGAUGCUUGAGCGCAAAUAAGUACCACUUUCCUUAAUCAUAUAAAGCUAUAAUUUGAACACCAUGUACUUUAAGUACUUAGCUACCAAUAUAGCCAAAAAAAAGGUAAAAGGUAUCCAACAAUUUGAUCGUAGCAGCACUUUAAAGCACUAACGACAGCAAAAAUUUAGGUAACUGCAAAUGUUCUCCGAUGUUUAACUUUUACUUUUUGGAAACCUCGCACAGAAAACAAGUUAAACAGAAAAUUGGUGGUCAUUCGCGCCUGGGCGGCCCCCGCCGGGCAUUCGCAGCUGCAUCUACAGGAGCAAAGAAACUCGUAAAACCAGGUCAACAAUUCACCUCAGUUUAAGUGGACAUUCUCACUUCCCAAGAAAACAUUGAACCCUUCUUAAUUAAAUCAUAAAUUCUUGGUUCCUGUUAAUAGCGUUGCUUCAAUGGUGUAGAUAAAACAGUCACAUAACAUCACACUACUAAUAUAAACCUGCAAGAUGAGGGCUAUCUCGCCCAUGUAAGGGAAGACAAUCUUGACUUCUAGAUUCCACACUGUGGAUUUCGGAUCCCAGGUAUUGGAUUCCGGAUUCUUUGUUAGCAGAAAUUAGAUUCUGCAUUCUAAUAACAAGUGGGAUUCCGGGAUCCUUGAGCUGUAUUCCACAUUCCAAAAGCCCUGAGUUACCAUUCCACAAGCAAAAUUUUCCCGAAAUACGGAUUCCCUUACAUGGGGGCGAGCUAUCGUUUAAUUCCCUUAUUCGCAGCGUUACCUUUUGAUACCAUAAGGAGUUGCAACCCUUAAGUGGUAUAUAUCUUACUAGUUGAUCCAUCCGAAAAAAGUGAACCCACGCAGGACCGUAGUUUCUUAGCAAAUAUUUUACAAAACAGCACAUGUUUUCGCAUUCACAUUCCUAAAAUCUUAACCAUUGUACCAGCUUUCUACAAAAAAGAGACUAAAAAUAGCGAGGCCCUAAUGAUUUUUUUCCUUCAGGGACAAAAUUGUCGCCACUGUCUUCUCAAGAAACUCAAGUACCGCUCAGUGUAUUCAUAGGCGUGCUGGUCACGUGGACUGUUACCACUGCAGUGGGUUUCCUGUGGUGUCAUUUUCGACAAAAGAAACUGAUCACAGCUACAAAGCCUGAACUAGAGUGCUAG